GAUGCUUCUCAAAAUAGCGACCAAGGGUAUAGACGCUGACAAUAUAGUCCGAAAUGCUUCAUUUAUUCACAGCUUGGAUUUCAUAUAUCUAUUAACUACAAUGUCCCAACUCCAGUAUCCUUCUUUAAAACAACUUUUGAAAGACGUUUUCGGCACGAGCUAUGAGCUGGAGACCGCUAGGAAUCUCUUUUUGGAAGUUCUCCCUUACGUGAGGAACGAGGCCGCUGCCAGGCUUAUCAGACACAUGGUGAUCGAUCAGAAGGCCAAAAUAGAAGACGCAACUUUGGUAACCCUACUUCGCAAACUUCCAUUCAAUCUCGUUGACUAUAAUCGUCCUCUGCUGGAAGAAUUGGAAGUCUUUACUAAGCUUGGCGUAGAUUUUCCACAAGAGAUCCGGCACGCAGGCAUUUUGAGCUUCGCAACUAUGGUCGGCAAAGCAAUGGACGCCUCCUUCGAUCAACAGUACUUCGAUGACAUUUACGAUAAAUACCUGAGAAUGUACAAUUAUUUCCCGCAAUACCUUGAUCGUCUAGUCUGGCUUCAAGGUCUAACGAACAUAGGCCAGAGCGUAGCGCACUAUCUCACCGAGAUACACACAGAUACGCACAAAGAGCCGCAUGAACGGUUGUGGACUGCGCUCGCUGCUCUUGGCAUUUGGAAGGAGACCAGCCUAUCAAACGCGUUGCCGAUAAUAACAAACUCAACAGAACAUAUACAACUCCGAAUCAUCGCUUUACAUGCAUUCUUAAGCUCCUCACACACGUCGAGGGACUUCCUGAAUAUACACGAUUAUGUAAAGAAUUGCAACAACAAUCAGUUGAAAAAGUUUUGGUACUCCACUGUUAAGAGUCUGGAAAAAAAUCGGUUUUAUUAUCGAUAUAAGAUUGCUUCUCACUAUAUACCAUUUGUAACCAAUCAACUAAGAAACCCAGGAUUACAAUUCUGGGCAACAAAUAACUACAUCAUCAGUCAGGAACCGACUUUGGACGUACAGGGUCCAGCUUUCCAGCUUCUUACGGUGGGCGGCGGGAGUGGAUUACCAGAACUAAUAAUGGUGGAAUUCUCUACUGGCGGAGAAAGACCUUUCAACGCCGCUCUUUAUAUAAUAGUGGAAGGCAUUCCCGCCUACGCGUUCAGACGUCUUCAGAGUUUCAACGGCACUGCAGCCAUCAGUGAGGAAUUGCAAAAUUUGUUGAAAAACUUCAAAGUCACUUUGGUUGAGCCCACUAAA